GGCCGGGGGCGGAGCCAGGCUGCGAAGAGCACUUCUCACGCGAAAGUGGCGGCGAGCGGGGAUGGCGGAGAGCGCGGGGUGCCCGGCCUUCCAGCUGGGGAAGCCCCGCUUCGAGCAGGGCUCCUUCUAUGGCCGGUUGAGACACUUCCUGGACAUCAUUGACCCCCGCACACUCUUCGUCACAAGGAGCCGCCUGAAGGAAGCCAUGCAGCUGCUGGAAGACUACAAGCACGGCUCGCUGCCCCUGGGAACCACCAACCAAGAGCUUUGGAGAGCACAGAAAAUAAAACAGGCCAUCAUCCACCCGGACACCAACGAGACCAUUUUCAUGCCUUUCCGAAUGUCAGGUUACAUUCCUUUUGGCACGCCUAUUGUGGUGGGUCUUCUACUGCCAAACCAGACCCUGGCCUCCACCAUCUUCUGGCAGUGGCUGAACCAGAGCCACAACGCCUGCGUCAACUAUGCAAACCGGAACGCAACCAAGCCGUCACCGACCUCCAAGUUCAUCCAGGGCUACCUGGGGGCCGUGGUCAGUGCCGUCUCCAUCGCAGUGGGCCUUAACGUUCUCAUCCAGAGAGCCAACCAGUUCACGCCGGCCACCCGGCUCCUGAUCCAGAGAUUCGUGCCGUUCCCUGCCGUAGCGAGUGCCAACAUUUGCAACGUGGUCCUGAUGAGGCACACGGAACUGGAGGAGGGGAUCGAUGUCCUGGACGAGGAAGGGAAGGUGGUGGGAUCGUCCCGGAUCGCGGCCAGACACGCCCUGCUGGAGACGGCGCUCACCCGCGUGGUGCUGCCCAUGCCCAUCCUGGUCCUGCCUCCCAUCAUCAUGUCUCUCCUGGAGAAGACGGCUUUUCUGCGCUCCCGACCUCGGAUGCUCCUCCCGGUCCAGAGCCUCGUGUGCCUUGCCGCCUUCGGCCUCGCCCUCCCCUUGGCCAUCAGCCUCUUCCCCCAGAUGUCCCAGAUCGAGGCUGCCCGCUUGGAGCCGGAGAUCGCCCAGGCCACCGCCAGCCUGACCGUCACCUACAACAAAGGGCUGUGAGCGGAAGGCAGCCCAGCCCUGGGCACCCGAGACGGCGGCGCAGCAGCAGCAGCACACGGAGGGGCGUGAAGGGGGGGGAGGGAGGGAGGGAGGGGGCGGAAUACAAUAGGAGGAAGGAGCAGACAAAGCUGCGGCUUGUAACAUCUUCCCUCCUCCGUCAAGAACGGCGUGUAAAUUAGCACUUUCCGAGACCCGGCAUCUCACGUUGGUCGAAAAGAUUAAUAUUUAAAAUUCUCAAUUAGCGACAGUAACAGCACAAAGAGAAGCGGGGGGGGGGGAGAAAGGAGGAAGGAACUGGGGGGGGGGGCUGGUGGAAAGUCUGGCUUCCUCUGCUCAGCUCCAGGCCAGCCUGGCAAGCCCCCUCCCACCAGAUGUGUGGGGAUGCAGCUUCCGGGGUCCCCCAGGCACCCAUGGCCACGCAGGGAGCUGCAAUCUCAGACAAUUUGGGGAGGGGGAAUCAGCUGGAGCACCAGAACAUGGGGAGAGUUUCCCCCCCCCUUGGGAAGGGUCUUGGGGUGGGGACACAAGAGGGUGGGGAGGCAGCCGUCACAGCCUUAGAGGUUGGGGGGCUGAAAGGCUGGUUCUACCCACGGCCUCCUCACCCCACCCCACCCCAAUCCCUGGCUCCCCUGAAAGCCCCCCCCCCGCCCUGCCCUGCGUAUCAUGGUGGCUCCUGCAGCCUUGGGAGCCUUUCAAGGAGAGGGUUGCUCUGACUGACCCCUUCCUUGGGGGGGGGGCUGUCCUUUGCCUGCUCCUUUAAUUCUCAGAGGACUGACCGGCACUUCCUGGGAGUUUUGGGCUGUGGGCUGGAGUGGCGCUUGGUGCCCGAGGUCAACUCCAAAGCCAGUUGAUGAGAAGGAAGGGAAAGGAAGCUUUCGCAGCCAAGUGCCACGAGGGGAAGUGCCAGUUCAGCUCACACAGCAUUCUUAAUCAGGGGAGCUGAGUGAGUCUCUGCAGCAUUCAUUACUCUUCCCCUCCCUCCCUCCCUCCCUCCUUCCCGUUGUUGCUGCUGUUGUGGGUGUUGUGUUGUGUUGUGGAAACUCAGGGAACGAGAUUACAUUUCAGGUCAGAGUAUUGGACCAACCCUGAACAUGUGAACGCAGCCCUUGUGCCUUGGGGGACGGGGGGGGGGGCUGGGAUGGGGCCUCUGGCCAGAGCGGACCUUGCUGGUGGAGGGGGCAGGGCCAAUAGGCUCCAAGCCCUCCCUGGACCCCCCUUUGCCCUCCCUGGACCCCUGCCCGCUUAGUCCCCGGAGUCUGGCACGGCGUGAAAUUGGCUCCUGUCUUCCCAAAGUAUUCGGAGCAGUGGGGCGCUUCAGAGUUAUGGGGAGCGUGUGGGUGUGGAAGGUGCAGCUCCUCCGAGCCCCCACCCAAGGGGAACCAGGGCGCUCAGACCCUGCACCUCGGCUGCGGCUGAAGCAGGAAGCGCCCCUCUCCGUUGCCCGGGGGUGGUGGAGGGCGCAGCCUCCCCCCUUGCCCAAGGACAUGUUUUCCUCGGGGGGGGGGGGAUUCCGCUCCCCCAGCGGGAGGGGCUCCACCUUGAUCCGAGCGGAAGGUUUUAACAAACGCCCCCCCCCCCCCUCCGCAAGGAUUCCAAGGAUGUUUUCAGCCCAGCCCAACUGAAGCAUCUCGCUCCAAAGCCGCUGCGCCCCCCCCUUUCCCCGGGAAGGGGCACGGAGGGCGCCUGGUGGGCUUUCUGCGUUGCUGACGCCCCCCUUCCCCCCGGCUGAAGGGCUCCUGUCCCCCGCCGGUGCCCGCUCAGCCCCCGCAGCCCUCCGGCCUGGCGGCUAAUUAAUUUUGCCGCCGCUCGGAAAUUACAAAAGGGGCCGCGGCGUCCUUGGCGUUCCUGGCUUCCCGUAAUUGGGAGGCGGCGGAGAGGCAGGCAGGCUGAUGCUCCCCUCCGCAGCUAAUCACCAUGAGAGGAGCCUCUUGUAGCUUUUAAUUAGGAACUGAGUAGUUAAUUGAUUUGUUGGAUUUGUUAAUUAAGGAAUAAUGAGGGCUGCCAUGAAGCAGGAAGAGGGAGCCCAGGCUGCCCCCACCCGCCGCAGAGGAGGGUGGAGCCGGCGAGGGUCGCGGCCCUCCAGGAUCCUGCCUCCGCGAUCUGGCUUUCGGCUUCUCCAUGGGGGGGAGAAGAAGUGGGGCCAGGAGAGGCGGCCCUUUAAGCGGCAGCAGGGCCCCGUGAGGCCAGGGGAUGUGCCCUCCCUCCUGCCCCUUCUUGGCUGUCUUGGGAGGGAGGGGGUCCUCCACAUGCCCCGCUCCCUCAGAGCUGCAACACCUGGUCUUGGCUAAUGGCACCUGUGUGGCCCAUGUUCCACAGCCAGACUAUCCCCUGGAAAAGAGGCUGGGCCCAGGGAGCGGCUGCAGGGAGCCCCGUUGCGGGAGGUGCGGGGUCAGCAGCUAAGGAAGGGCUGGUUUGCCAUAGAAUUGCCCCGCCAUGCGGUCUGUUGGCUGGGAAGAAUCCCUCCAGCCACAGAUGCGAACAAUUCACCUCUCGCCUGGACAGGUAGGACACUGUUCCCUCCUGCCUUUUGUGGGGAGUGGUCUCAAUUUCCAGGGAGCCAUGUGUGGGUGCCGAAGCUCACUUAAGCCGCGUUGCCACGUAGCCCUUAGACAGAGGCUGCAGGCGGUUCUGCGUGUGCAGUUUAAGAACCGGAAUACAGGAAUUAAAAUGUAAUUAGUCUUAUUUUCGUAUCUUGCAACUCUAACCCCAGUGAAACCAUUAGCCUAAAUUCUGUGGGGUCACCCAAAUGCAUUUACUACUGGGGGGGGGGCUGCGAUUUUGAGCAGCUGAGCAGUUCAGCCCCUGGAGGAUGUUGCCAAGCCUUGUGAAAGCCCACCGGGUGGGUGGCAGAGCUGCUGCGGGCAGGCUCUGUCCUGGCUGGGCACGGCCAACGGCUCAGUCCUGUUUGGCAGGGGACACAAGGGGUCUACCCUGCGGCCCUCGGCACCCGCACUGAUCUCAAUGCACCUUACGGCUCUCUUGAGCCCCAGAGCGGUCAUCCAGGGGCAACCGAGGAGGGGGGUCACCAUCGUUUGUCUUCCAACGGCCUCCCUCUCUGGGCAAAGGUCCCUCUGCCUGGGUGAGCCGGCUAGGAAAUGCUCAGAGGGCCUUUUUUAACUUCUUCAGUAGAUUUCUUGAUCAUGACUCUUUCUGUAACUCUUCUAAACUCUAGAAUAAAAGCACACCUAAAACUGCU